UCGAAUUUCCAAGUUUCUUGUAAAUUCGAUUUUCUAGAAUCUAGAAAAUCCUCAGGGAAUUUAUAUAUGGACUUUUUGAAAAUCGCCGAGCAUUUUCUAUAAAUAAUUCCCGACAUUACAGUGUAGAUUAUUAUUUCUCAUCUACAUUGAUGAUUUGCCGAAAGGAAUUGAAAGUGCAAUUCGAUUAUUUGCUGAUGACACUCUUCUUUUUUCGCACGAUAGUGAUCUUGUUCUUGCCUCUCAAAGGCUGGCUCGAGAUCUUAUCCGUGUUGUAGAAUAGGCUAAGAAGUGGAAAAUCUCUUUGAAUCCUAUCAAGUGCGAAGCAAUAAGCUUUUCUACCAGACAAUCAAGGAGCAUCACUUUUACCCUUCCUGUUUUAUCACCCUUGGGGGUAGUUUUAUCUGAAAAAGAUUUUGUUAAAUAUUUGGGGCUUUAUCUUUCAUAUGACUUGAAAUGGGACAGACAUAUUGAUAAUAUUGCCUCAAGAGGAGAAGCACUUGUUGGGCUGAUGAUAUGGCACCCUAGACUUUUGAAUAAGGCGGUUUUAGACCUUAUUUAUAAGGCUUUUGUACUUUCACUUUUUAACUAUGGAUCUAUUUUAUUCUCUUUUACUACUCAGCAGAAUCUAGAUAAAUUGGAGGCUGUACAGUACCAUGCUUCUCUCGUGGUUUUGGAUGCGAUGAAAGGUAGCUCGGAAGAGAAACUUAGGACUAUGUUAGGUUGGCUAUCCAUUAAAGAACACUUUCAUAUCACUCAGAUCGUUUUCUACUCUAAAACUGUACAUGGCCUUGCCCCAGAAUAUCUGCAACAACAAACUAAUUGUACAUAAUUUAAGAAGUAGUAAGUAAUUUCUAGUAAGUAAUUUUAUUUUAGUCCUUGAUCUUAAAACUGACUUGGUGAUGAUGAAAGUUUAAAAGAACCUUUGUCUAGAUCAUACCGAACAAAGAGAAAAAUAUAACAUAAAAAAACAAAAAAGAAAAAUAUAACAAUAAAACAUAUAUGGCUUAAUUAAAGAAACGAGACACUUCUUCAAGAAAAAAGAUGUUUCGUCAAUGCACGCCUAAAAGCUCGGUCGUUAAAUGCGGCCAUGACCUCCCUCGGUAACUUAUUCCAUUCCUUUAUCGUUCUUGGUAAGAACGAUGAGCUAGUAGUUUUACGUUUAUAUGUAGGCACUUGCCAAAGACAUCGAUUAGAUGUUCGCAGAGAUGUUCGAGUAGUAAGUGGACUUACUAAGGAAAAACGUGAAAGCGCACUUCGUCCUGUAAUGAUUUUGUGAAAUAAGGUCAGCCUGAAAAAUUUUCUUCUUGUAACAAGAUCUGGUAACUGUAAUUUGGCAAUGAGAAGAGAAGUAACAUGCAACCCAUAAUGCAACCUAUAUUUACAAAGUCAUAAUGGAAAGUCAAUUUGAUUUCGCAUGACUUUUCCAAGGUUCACCAUUGCAAUGUAUCUAAUCAUUAUUAUCGUUUAGAAACAGCAGUUACUUAGUAUUUAUUAUUUAAUUUAAAUACUGUUCGAAUCGACUCAAUUGUAGCGAAGUUUACAUUUUCAAUUUUAUUCGGGUUGAAAGAGCUUCUUUUCAAAAUUUCGAACAAAUUCAGCUAUGCAGUGGUAUCGCAUCAUGAGAAAUGUACUGAUUUGUCUGACGAUAUGGCUGUCAAGACAAUUUAGCAUAUUAGAUCAUAUUCUAGAUUAUCCUGUACUAGUGUACUAGUUCUUUUCUCAUCUAUAUGCCUGUCCCAUAAAACUUGAGCGUUCAGCAUUCCAUUUUACACAGAACUUUUAAAAAAGUUCUAAAGAGCAUUUAAAGAAUAAUAAAAUUCUAUUUUCAGUUUUUCUAACUCUGAUGAAUAUUUUUCUUAGAUAAGAAGGAAAAUGAAAAACAUACGGAACCAGAGGAUGUACAUAGACAGCGUUAUUCUAUUUUGGAAAAAUGUUCCUCCUUGAGACUAGCCGUAUGGUUAGCAGUCGUUGUUCUAUUUAGUACAAGAAAUGGUGUACAAGUACAACCAGAUGUGAACGAAGGUCAAGAUAAAUUGCCAAUAAAAAUAAACAACCAUAAAAAACCAUUUAUUGAAAAAUUAGUGAAUCUGAAACCAUCGGAUAAUAACGAAGAAGUGUUCGAAGAAUUUAAAAAUGAAAAGAUAGCAAAAAAAAAACAUUCAGAUGAUGAUCAUCCACAAGAAGAACGUAAGAAAGCGCAUGAUCAAGUAAAAGCCAUGAAAGGUAAAGUACAGUUAGUGGCACCAAAUAACAAAGGAAAUCCAAGAGAUUCGCCCGGAGAAAUGGGUAAUCCGGUAAAUAUCGAUAAAGAUAAAUUAUCACGUGAAGAAAGAGCAAAAUUUGAUUUGGGAUGGAAAGAUAAUGCAUUUAAUCAAUAUGUUAGUGAUAUGAUAUCAUUGAGACGAAAUUUAGCAGAUAUCAGAGAUCCUGAAUGUAAAGCAAUGAAUUUACACCCAAAUUUACCAAAUGCAUCAGUUAUAAUUAUUUUUCAUAAUGAAGCACGAUCAACACUAUUACGUACCAUCUACUCUGUAUUAGAUCGAUCACCAGCUAGUUUACUACAUGAAAUUAUACUUGUUGAUGAUCAUUCCAAUACAGAAUAUUUGAAGCAAGAAUUAAAAGAUGAUAUUAAACAGUUGAAAAACGUGCGUCUGUUGCAUACGUCAAAACGUGAAGGUUUGAUACGUGCAAGAUUGAAAGGUGCAUUAGCAGCAGAAGGAAAAGUCUUAAUAUUUCUCGAUUCUCAUUGUGAAUGUACUGAAGGAUGGCUCGAACCAUUAUUAGAUCCAAUAGCACGAAAUCCUAAAGUUGCUGUUGUACCACUUAUAGAAAUAAUUGACGAUAAUACAUUUCAUUUAAUUAGUACACCGAUACAAAAUAUUCAAGUCGGUGGAUUUGAUUGGAAUUUAAUUUUUAAUUGGCAUGUAACACCUGAUCGAGAAAUGAAAAGAAGAACAAAAAAAACUGAUCCUAUCAGAAGUCCUACUAUGGCAGGAGGAUUGUUUGCAAUUGAUCGUGACUGGUUCGAGCAGUUAGGGAUGUACGAUCCUGGAAUGGAUAUUUGGGGUGGGGAAAAUAUGGAAUUAAGUUUUAAAGUUUGGACUUGCGGUGGAGAGUUACUUUGUGCUCCUUGCUCUCACGUUGGUCAUAUUUUUCGAAAACGUUCACCGUAUGAAUGGCCCAAAGACGUUAAUGUUGUUCAAAAGAAUACUGUUCGUUUAGCUGAAGUAUGGUUAGACGAUUAUAAAAAAUAUUAUUAUGAAAGAAUAAAUAACAAUUUGGGCGACUAUGGUGAUGUAUCCGAUCGUAUAAAAAUUCGGGAACGUCUUCAAUGUAAACCAUUUAAAUGGUAUUUGGAUAACGUUUAUCCUGAACAGUUUGUUCCUGAUGAAUCAUUAUUUUUUGGAGAAGUUCGUAAUCGUGGUAGCACUGGAGUAUGUCUGGAUUCACAAGAAAUCGAAGAUGAUGAUAAACCCGUCAUUGGUUACCCAUGUCAUGGUAAGAUCAAAAGUCAAGGUGGUAAUCAGUAUUUUCUAAUGAGUAAAACAAAUGAGAUACGUCGUGAAGAAAAAUGUCUUGAUUAUGGUGGCGGUAAAGGAGAAUUAAAUCAACCAAAUAAGAUUAAUUCAUUAUCAUGUCAUCAUACGCAAGGAAAUCAAAUGUGGAUUUAUGAGACAGAAUACAUCCUCCCCAUCCGGAAUGAUGAAUCAACAGCAGAUCAGUCAGCAGCAGAUCAGUCAACAGCAGAUCAGUCAACAGCAGAUCAAUCAACAGCAGAUCAAUCAACAACAGAUCAAUCAACAACAGAUCAAUCAACAACAGAUGAUGUAUCAACAAUCCCCCAGCAAUCCAAACAAAUAACGACAAACAAACAAUCACAACAACAAAUAAUGCCCCAUGGUGAUCAGCGAAGUAGUGUUGGUGGAGUUCACAUCAAACAAGAAUUUAAGCAAGAAUAUAUGAAUAAUUCCAAUAUGCCAGUGAUGAAUAGUCAGUUGUUAACGCCAAUGCAACAAGGACAACAUGUCAGACAACACAUCCAACCUCAAAAUAUUCAACAGUCGCCCUCAUCAAUACAAACUUCGCAACAGCAAUAUCCACAGCAAAGAACAAACAUACAGCAGUUUCCUCAAAUUCGUCAAGAAAUGUCAACAGCCAUGACUUCGCAACAACAAACAAGUAUUCAUUCACAACAAAACCAAAUCAUUCAACAACAACAAUUUUCGCCUCAAAACUCUCAGUUACAGCAACAAGCAAUGAAUUAUCAAAGUCAACCUUCUCAACAAUUAUCUCUAUCAUCAAAUACUCUGUUAACACCACAACAGCAAGUGCAAACUGUACAACAACAAAAUCGUAUGAAUAUUCUUUCUUCCAACCAACAUCAACAACCAUCUAACUCAUCUGUUCAAUUACAACAAAAUGGUCAGCCACAUUCAGAACAGACAGAACCAUCGCCAAUGCAAACAAAUAUAACACAAACUGCUCCGACUUCUACUCAAACGCAGCAACCCGCAGAUGAAAUUCUUCAACAAAUUCUUAGUAGUCCUAAUCCGACAAAACAAACACAAAAUGCACAAACACGUCUCCGAAACAUGGGAAGACGAGCAGCUGCAGCCGCUGCUACCAAUAAUAAUAAUAAUAAUAAUAACGGCUCACCUGCUUGCAGUGGUUCAAGUCCAUCGGUACAAAUGGCAUUGACACCAGGUUCUGAUCCAUCAAUGAUGAUGACGCAAAAUGGUUCGCCACAAAUGAUGAUGGGAGGAAGUCCAAUGUCACGUUAUAUGACUGGUAUACCAAGUUCACCACAAUUUCGACCAAAUGCAUCUCCCACGAAUAUGAUAAAUUAUGGUAGUCCAUUGGUAAUGGCUGAUGAAGAAAUUCAAUAUUAUUAUAGAUAUUUUUCUGAACGUAUUCGACAGUUAGUAGUUAUUAUUAAUAAACUGAAUCAAGAAGGACAAUAUGAAAAAGUGUUAAAAUUGAAACAAUUUCAUUUUGAAAUGUCCAAUUUUAUGAAAAAUCCUGUUGUUGAUAAUUUAAUAAUGGCUAGGAGAUUAAAAGAACACUUUGAUCGAUAUAUGGAUCCACGUAUAUUUGGCGAUAUGUUAUUACCACGUUUAUCAUCAACAACUGGUAUAUUUGAGCAAUGUUAUAAAGCAAUAACAGACUAUUUAAAUAAAGAUUCUCAACAUAAAGCAUCUAUCGCCAAACGAUUUCUUGAACCAUUGGCUGAUGUUGUUACCGGUGUUCCUCAUAAAAUUGUAUGUUUGGAUUCGCCAAAAUCUGUUACUCCCACAAAAAUUCGUACUAAAUCAGAAACAAUCGAAAUAAUAAUUGAAAAUGAAUUUUCUCAAAUGCCUAUGGAUACUUAUAAAUAUGAUCUCAAACAAAUAUCACAAGCUUCGUCUGAUCAUGGAUAUUUAUUGAUCUGUCGUUUAAUUGAGCAAAAUAUGCCCAUUAUACCACCAUUACAGAUGAAAAUAUCAGCGAAAUAUCCAAAUGAAUGUCCCGAAAUAUUAUCUUUAACAAAAACAAUUCCAGUAACUCUUACAAAUUAUGACGGACAUGUAUUUUUUGAAACGAUUGCAAAAAGUUUUAUCUAUUUUUUAUUUAAAUUGCCGGCACAACAUACUGUCACUGAUAUUCUUGAUAUAUGGCGAACAUCUAUUCGAAGUGCAUUAAAAGAGUGUUAUUUUCCAAUAAAUGAUGACGAUUCUAAUUACUUUGAAUAA